AUGAAGAUGAAGAGACACAGUAAACCACACUUCUCCUUCCCUAUCAUGAUAAUAUUUUCUCUGUGUUUGCAAACAAGUGCCAACCAUACUGAUUAUCCUAGGAUUAUAAAUGGAACCUGGAAUCCUAUCAGCCAAAACCUAAGUGGAAGCCAGAACAUAACAGAAGACAGUACAAAUUCUCCUCUAAGCAUCAAUUUCAACAGUGAAACAACUACUUUUGAAACGCAGAGAAGUACCCUGCAGUCCUUAUCCUCGACAAUGGCCCCAAAUUCAACAUCUUCCCCUGCCAGAAGUGCGGUUUCUGCUGCUGGAGGACCCAGGAAUACCAGCAAACCCAAGAGUACAACGACAAAAGAAACAUGUGAAGACAAUAAGUCUCUCAUACUGAUUUGUUUCAUUAUAAUAGCAGUACUUGUGCUUAUCUGCACCUUCUUAUUUCUGUCGACAGUCAUAAUAGCAAACAAAAUGUCAUAUCUCAAAAAAACUAAGCGAGGAAAACGUAGGCCGAGGAGCAACGGCGAUCUUCUGGCUACGAACAGUUUAUGGCCAAGUGCAGCAGGAACAUGGCAGAGGAUGCCUACGGAGACAACUGGUACUGAUGUGAUAAUGCAAGAUUUGAUAUCAGGCAGAAAUGCUGCGAUCCAAAGGAAGACUGAAGACGAAACUACUGAGAAACUCACUAAAGAAAUACAAAAUGAACAGGAAAACAAAGAACCAAAGUCACACAAACCCAUUUUAACCAAUUUUGUAGUUGAGAUUUAA